AUGGAGCACGACCAGAACAUCACCGCCGACAGCCAGUUCCUCUCGCUCUGCGGCAUCACAGCGGACACCGAACCGACAAGUAGAAUAUGGCACUACACCCACGACCCCGAGCGAUUGGUAUCCGUCACCUCCCGCAUACAAGACUACGCGACGGCCUUUACGCCCACCGGCGAUGUUCGAGCCCUUACUUCCCGAGCUCGAGUGGACGCUAUCCUCAUCAUGUCGCUUGCUCUCGCCAAGAGAAAACGGCUGAACAGCGCGGCAGCCACCCCACAGCAGUGCAGGGAUGCAGAGAACCGGCUGGAAACGCUUUUGUGGGGGAAUGAGCAGGUUGUUUCGCUACGAGGGCUCUCGCUCUCUUUGAACUCAUGCUGCAUUCGGCACGCGGUGCUGGAUGAUGUAUUGUGGUAUGGGGACCCGGGGGAGUUGGAAGCGAGCUUGGUUGUUGUUAGGACUGAGGAGCUGCGAGGUGAUGCUGAUGCUGGCAUGGGGGACGUACGAUACUUGGCUGUUCUUGCCGCUAUAGCAAUGGUUCAACAAAAUCGACCCAAAAACCCCGCCCUUGACGAAACAUACGGAAUACUGACAGACGGAGUGGCAUGGGUGUUCUUUCGCGUCGACGAGGACCAUAAGUAUUCAUCGUUGAGGCUAGAUUGGCUCGAGGGCCAACAGCAAGCCAUUGUCGGCCUAAUUGGCAGGAUCAUGGAUGCUUCAGUCGCAGUGAAGAUGGCAGGGGAGAAACUGGAAUUGAAUCAACUCUCGUGGACGCUUGAUUGGUACAGGAUGGCAAGUAUUUGGGACAUACCACGCUGUGUCUACUUAGAAGAAGGGGAGGAUGAUUAUUCACUCGAGAACGAAAAUGAACAACAACCGAAUUACCAUGUAUUUAACGAAAGAAAAAUGGAGUGGUUUUCCAAGCUGGAAAACCAGAUCCCAAAGUCUGACAAUCUCGAGGAAAUCAACGAGGAGUUCAAGAAUGCCCUUUCCGAGUCACAGAAAGGCAAAAAGGAGAAUCCUAUUCCCUCCGUCGCCGUCACCGAUAUACCCGCAACAGACGUGUUCAAGACGCUUAACUUGAAGCGAGAGGAUCGCGCGGUGGGAAGGAAACACUGGGAACUUGCGCCCACCGAAAGACGCACCGUCUCCAACCACCUGAAGCGCAACCUUGAGGAUAUUCGACUGGUGUAUGGCCGCGCCGACGAGAACGAGGCCGUAAUCCGCCUCACAAUCGACGCUAUCCUUUUAGAGACCAUGGCCAGCAUUAAGAGAGUAGAAUCCCGCAAAUCCCUUCAGAUGUCGCUCGAAAACCCCAUAAAUUAUGUCUACAAUACUGCGGAGGGCAAGAAGCAGCUGACGGGCCGCAUGGACUAUACCUUAUGGUAUGGUAAACAAAACGAGGCCGAGACCAAACUGAUGGUGGUCGAGGCGAAGGCCGUCGGCGAGGUCCCCGCUGGAAGAUACCAGGCCAUAUCAUACAUGGCGCUUGUUCAGGACGCGCGCAGAAAGGCAGGGCGGGCCAAGGCUCCCAUCUAUGGAAUAGCAACUGAUACGAAGGACUGGGAAUUCAUCCGGAUGGAUGCAACUGGAGUGGUUGAUGUUCACGCCCUAAGCUGGGACGGCGGGGAAGACAACAUAGUGAUAUCUCUUAUCCACAAGAUAGUGCAUGAGGCUUCAUGCCCCUCUCCGGCCUCCUCGAACACCGUCACCCGUCAGAAGACGAUCGAGGAACUCACAGGCUUCGUGGCGAAGAAUUAG